CGAAACUUGCCCACAGAAAGGCAGGGGGUGGCGGGGAAGAGGAAAUAAACCGUUUCCUGUUACUUUACUCUCUGCAGCCGGGUUUAAGCAACGCCGGCCGGGGCAGCUCGGCUGCCCGCCCGCAGCGGGGAGCCCCCCGACGAGCGGCCGCGAGGGGCCGGCCCGGUCUCGGGAGGCGCCUGAGCGGAGGGGCGGCGCGGCGUGAAGGGAGCUGCCCACCGCCAGCCACGGCCCCUCGCCGCCCGGACGGCCAGGCCGGGUCGGGCCUUGCGGCGCAGUGGGACCGGCCAGCACGGAGUUGGGGGGGGACAGGCAGGGGAUAGGGCCGAAGGCUACACACCCAGCAGCAGGCCGUCCAUGUCAAAGAUCAGGUAACCCGCCGUUGGGCAUAGAGACUGUUGAAAUACCAGUUGCAGAAGCAGAUAUGAGAAGAGCUGUACCAGGCUCCCCAGGUGACAUACUUGGCUUGAAGAUUUGUACUGCUUCACAGUCCUGCGAGAAGGCGAUGGUUAGUGGCGGCUUCGCAAUAAGGGAAGUCCUGUCUCUUUUGUCUUUCACGUGACUGGACUUUGUACCCAUUUACUGAUAAUAAGCGCGCAGCCAUCUUGUUUGAAAACUAGAGGCAGAAACUGAAACAAAUCCAUGCUGCAAGGGUUGUCUCUAGGUGGAAGUUAGUAAGUGCAGACCUGUGUUAAAUCCCUGUCAGACCAGCCGCCCAGGCUGCUUUAAUACCAGGAGAGCCACAGUCGCCAACAGGGAGCACUGUCUGCUGCGGGCUGGUGGAAGAGCUUGUGUUGUGGGGAGAGAAGACAUAGAGGAGGCAAGCAGGGAGACACAGCAGCAUCAAGAGUAGUAAUGGUAGAGUGGCAGUGAUAAUAGCAGUACCUGGGCAAGCAGGAUUGGAGGAGUUGAGCAGCUGCAUCCGAGAGAAACGGUAGAGAAGGAACUUGGUCUUCAAUAAGCAGCUACACUUGUUUAUUUUAAAUGUCUGGUACCUGUACAAAUUAAGAGGAAGAAGAAGCUAUUCGUUUAUGUCUUGUGAGCCUCGUUCUUACACCAGCAACACCGAAGAAGAUGAGACUCCUUUUAUUUUUAAUAAUGUGCGAGUGUGCCAUAAACAGUGUCAAUAGCCACCAUGUUUCAAAGCCCAAUGUUGUUUUACUGAUGGCUGAUGAUCUUGGUAUUGGAGACCUGGGAUGUUAUGGGAACAGAACCUUAAGAACCCCUAAUAUUGACAGGCUUGCAGAGGAAGGAGUGACACUUACUCAGCAUAUAGCAGCAUCUCCACUUUGUACUCCAAGCAGGGCAGCUUUCCUGACAGGGCGAUAUCCUAUCAGAUCAGGAAUGGCUGCCUUCUCACGAGUUGGUGUCUUCUUAUUUUCUGCCUCUUCUGGGGGACUUCCUUCUGAAGAAAUAACUUUUUCCGAACUCCUGAAGCAGAGAGGUUAUACAACAGCUCUGAUAGGAAAGUGGCAUCUUGGGAUGAACUGUGAAAGCAGUAAUGACUUCUGUCAUCACCCCCUCAGUCAUGGAUUUGAUUACUUUUAUGGGCUUACUGUGACCAAUUUUAGAGACUGCAAACCUGGCCAAGGCAGCGUAUUUUUAAAAGGGGUUCAGAAGUCCCUUGUCGUCCCAAUCCAAAUCGCUGGAAUUGCCCUGGUCUCUUUGGCAAUAGUACAGUACAUUGGCCUCCUCAAAGUUCCUUUCCAAGCAUUGGGUUAUUUCAUGUUAAUAACUGCAAUUUCACUUGCAGUUUUGAUUUUUUUCUUUUAUCAUUUUCGACAUCUGAACUGCUUCUUAAUGAGGGACCAUCAGAUUAUCCAGCAACCACUAUCGUAUGAGAACCUUACUCAGAGACUGACAAAGGAAGCCAUGCAGUUUAUAGGAAGGAACACAAAUGCACCAUUUCUUCUUGUCCUGUCUUAUCUUCAUGUCCAUACUGCUCUAUAUGCUUCAAAAAAUUUCAGCGGAAAGAGCAAGCAUGGUUUAUAUGGGGACGCAGUGGAGGAAAUGGACUGGAGUGUAGGGCAGGUUCUGGAUGUGCUGGAGAAAUAUAAUCUGAGUGAUAAUACUCUUGUAUACUUUACGUCUGACCAAGGGGCUCAUGUUGAAGAAAUCUCCAGUUCUGGAGAAGUCCAUGGAGGAUACAAUGGCAUAUAUAAAGGUGGAAAAUCAAUGAACUGGGAAGGAGGUAUUCGUGUGCCAGGGCUUCUCCGUUGGCCUGGAGUGAUACAGGCUGGCGCCUAUAUGGAUGAGCCAACAAGUAACAUGGAUAUAUUUCCUACCAUAGUCAAACUUGCCGAGGCACAGUUACCCUCUGACAGAAUUAUUGAUGGACAUGAUCUGAUGCCCUUACUUCAAGGAAAAGUUACCCGAUCCAAGCAUGAAUUUCUCUUCCACUACUGUAAUGCAUAUUUAAAUGCAGUGCGCUGGCAUCCCAGAAACAGCGAAUCUGUCUGGAAAGUCUUCUUCUUCACUCCAAACUUUAGUCCUGAAGACUCCAAUGGUUGCUACGAUUCCCAUGUUUGCUUCUGCCAUGGAGGAUUCAUCACACGACAUGAUCCCCCACUGCUCUUCGAUCUUUCCAGAGACCCUGAAGAGAAAGUCCCACUGACUCCAGAAACGGAGAGCCGUUUCUACGAAAUUCUCAGAGUCAUACACGUAGCAGUAGACAACCACACCAGACUCCUGCAUGCUGUCCCUGACCAGCUGUCAUGGGACAACCUUUUCUGGAAGCCAUGGCUCCAGCUGUGCUGCUCCUCUCUCUUUCAGUCUUGCUACUGUGACUAUGACUCAGAAGGGAGCCUGCCGGAGGUGCAUUCAGGGUAAACAAGCUGCAAUUCCCUUUCAGAAACUGAAGUGUGGGUAGCUGACUUCCACCACUGGGGUAAUAUCCUUCAGAAGGUUUUGUUGUGCAAAAGGACCUGUCUUUAAAUACAUCAUUGCAGUAGAAGGGAGUUUCAGUCAAUAAAAUGUGCCAAGAGAAGGAGGGCAAGACAUAACCUUUUCUGUCUUUAUGAUACAAGAAUCAGUAUGAAGCACAUGUUGCCGUCCUCAUCUACAAAUGGGUAGGCUGUAGGCAUCUUCCAGAUGAGAUCAUUUUCUAGAUCUUCAGCUUCAGCUUUUUUCUUACACAGCAAGGAAUUUAUCUAUAGUUUCUGUGAAUUACAACCACUAAGUGCACACUUCCCUGUCCUUUUUACUAAGUAUUAUCAACCAUUAAUAGAACAUAGCACCGAGUAAUUAAAAAUAGAGAGAUAAUUGUGGAGAGGUCCACCCGUGACUAUAAUUUGAUAACUGAUACAUAGGUAAAGAGUAGACCUGUAACAGCGUCACCAUCAACAAGCAUCACAGAUAUGAAAUAAACAGAUUGCCAGCAAUCUAACAUUGCAUGUGCCAUAAAAAUGUAGAGAGUGAUGUAGCGGAAGACCUUGUGUCCACAUCAAAAUUGUGCUCCCUAGCUAGUGUUCUGUUGCAUGGCAGCAACCUUAGUUUCAAAAGGAAACCACUUCAAGUGCACCAGUUGUGUGCUUGAGUGUGUACCAUAAUUCUCUCUAUAUAUAUGCAAGCCAAAUUCGUAACCCCCAAAACCCCCCCAAAUCCUUCAGUCCCUGAUAUAGACACACGCUUAUGGUCAUAGCCCAAUUGCUAAAAUGAAAGACUUGGUCCGUACUUGAUAACUGAGUUACAAAUUCACAUGCUACUACAAAGAUAUCUUUCACUGUCUACCAUGCCUAUUCUUACACCUGUUCUUGAUGAACGUAGUGUGCACCAGCAAAUAAAUAAAAUUUGGUCUUCCUUUAAAUAUCUUUGCUGUCGUUUAAGCUCUCUGAAUAGGAUCUAUCAUUUUCUGAGGAGAAACUUGGGCUUGAGCACUUAAAGCCAAAUAUUAUUGUCUCUGAGUUUUUAGCAAGGCCUUGGGAAAUCUACGGUGCUCCAGGGCUAAUUUCUGUAUCCAUUUUUAUCUGCAUCUUAUUCAGGCACAUUUUCUUUCCACUCUACAGGCAGGCAAACUAUUUUCUUUGGCAGAUUGUACCAGAGGAGAACAUAUCAGCAAAAUACUAAAGUGAUUUGAUGUCUGAUAAUAGAAGGUGACUUGCUUCUUAUCAGAAAACACCGGUUAAUUCCAACAUUAUAAUGUAUUAAAAUCCGUUUGGUGGUAUUAGCACAUCACUAAUGCAAAAGUGAUCUGUGAUGAUAGUAAUGCAAUAGCUUCAGUCAGCCAACAUUAAGGUUGUGACCUGGUUCUUGGGAGCUGUUGAAGCCUGUCCUAUAAAAAUGUGUUGUGAUAUAUGGUAUAUUUCUCUGUCUGUAAAACCUAGGCUUUAUUUGAUUUUUCUGAUGCAGUUUCCUUCAAAAUUUCAUUCUCCACAAUAUCCAGAUGCCUGUCCCGGGAAAUGUUGUACAUUUCCCUUGAAGUCCUAUUUUUGAUAUUUCACUUUGUGUUCGUGAUUGUGUAUCUUAAAUAUGUGCUCUGCAAGUUCUCUGUAGGUAGCAAAGUCCUGUGUAUGCUGAUACAGUUAGUCUGUUCAGGUAUUUCCCCUCAGGACUGUUUAUAUUGUACCUGGAAAGUCGUCAGAUGGCCAUUCGUGUGGCGUAAUUCCCAGUUUGCUUUAUUUAAUCACUGAAUGUACUACAUGAACUUAGGAAGGAAGAUGCCUGCAGUUUGAAUACAAAUACUGUUCUGCACUGAUCAGUGGCUGUCUCUCAACACCACGGCAGGAUGCAUACAUCCCAAAUUUUUGGUCCUCACCAUGUGGCCCAAGAACCCCUUGGGGCUCAGCGCUGGUGCCUGCGUGCCUCCCCCUGCAGUGGGUGGGCAGCCUGGCUGUGGGGGGAUGCUCUCUCCAGCUCUUGCCACUCUGCUGCAGCUCACACAAAACUUUUCAAGCAAAUAUGCCUACUGAAGCGUGUGGGAGAAAAUGUUGUAUGUGAGGUAUACAGCAGUAAUGCAGACAAGGUGUUUGAUGUCAUUGGAUCUGUUUUGUUCCCACGAUUGCUGGGCUGUGACCUUAACAGGGAUCUCAAUUUAUAUUCUUAAGGACAUCCACGUCUACUUCUUUCCAUUGGGAAGAUGCUAUGUGGCUAUUAUUUCUUUUCUUUCUGCAGGUGCAAGAAUUGUUUGUUCUGUUAGGCAUAGCAGAUGUGCUGUGCUGCCUGACAGGUAUUAAAAAUUAUAAUUUUUCUACUGCUCUGAUUUCUUCUUGGCUGAAUAUGGCCUUCAUUUUAUGCCCUCCUUUCUUAAAACAUUCACACCCCUCAAAUACUUUUCCACCUAUUUAUUUGCCACUCAGUCCUCCCAUUUGCUUGUCAUAUUGAUUGUGGUGGCUAUUUUGCUCUAAUCAAUCAGAAAAUUAAAAGUCAUCUUUGUGAAAAGAUUUGACUUUUAGGUCUCCUUGCCUCUGCUAACCUCCUACUUAUUUAAGGUCUAACAAGGACUAACUUUGUGUUAUGAAAUCUAAGAAAUUAAAACACACCUAAGACACCCUGAAUAAUAAAAGUUAUUUCUUGUUUGUGGCACAAGCUUUGUAUUUUUCAAAAUAUGAUUUAGUACAACAUUUAAUAUUUUGACUUAAGCAGUAAAAUCUGAAAUCCAUUUUUACAAUUGUUCCUUCAAGAAAGAUUCUAUUAAGAAUAGGGCAGUAUUUUUCAUACUCUAUGUUAAUGCCAUUUCAUUUAAUGUCUAAAAUAAACCAUCGCUGUAUUGCAAAUGUAUUAUGCCUUUCAGUACUGUACCUUCUGUUCUGGAGACGGCGUGUCAGAUCAUGGUAAUUAAAGUAGUCUUGUUUGUUUGCAAAAUAAAACAAGAAGCACAAUAUACCUUUUUUGUAAUGGCACUGUCUGAUCUAACAAGGAAAAGUUUUGUUUUUUCACAACAGGUUAUUGAUGGGAUAUACGUGAUUCACAAUUUAUUAAGAAUGAAGGCUCAAGGAGGAUGUGCUGCACUGGU